AAUGGCUUCCUACAAAGUUCUCGGUAGUUUGAUCGUUGUGCUGCUGGUCGUGCUUGCCCUCAGUGGAUCGGCUGAGGCCGGUUACCGGAAACCACCGUUCAACGGUAGCAUCUUUGGCAAGCGUAGCGGCAACUCGGGUGACUACGAAGGAAACGCCAAAGUCCUUUCGACCAUGUGUGAAAUAGCGGCCGAAGCGUGCCAAAGCUGGUUUACCCAAGAGCAGAAAUAA